AUGAACGACUGCAAGCAGUCCCAUCGAGACAAUGAAGUCCCCCACGAUGAAAAGGACGAAAUGGAGAAGAUCAAGCCUAGGGAAAGUCGUGGUGUCGGAAGUAUGGUUGAUCUGGGUGUCAAUCCGGUACAUGGUGACUUGAAUCUUGUUUUCGUUGAACAAGCAAUCGAAAGGAUCGGCAUGGGCGCUUUUCAGUGGAAGCUUGCUUUUACAUGUGCCUUUGGAUUCAUUGUCGAUCAAAUGCUCUUAGUUUCCAUCAGUCUUGUACCCACCCAAGCUGCAGCCGAAUUCGGUCCAGAAUACUCGACACUAAUUUCUCCUUUCAACUAUGCUGGCCUUUUUCUCGGUGCAAUCGUCCUCGGACUCCUAGCCGACACAAUUGGAAGAAAGCUAGUAUGGCAAACUUCCCUAUUUGCUGUCUGUAUCUUUGUUAUGGCAGCUGCGGGUUCUCCUUCCUGGGGUGCGCUCACGGGCUUCGUGACGAUAUACGGCUUCUUUGCCGGUGGCAAUCGUGAGAUUUUCAAAUUUCUUUUCUUUUCUUAUGAAGCAAACACUGAUACUCUCCUCCUCCUCCUCUCAGUUGCCAUUGACUUGACCCUACUCGCCGAGUGUUUACCUGCGCGAUUCUCAUUUUUGCUUACCGGAAUGGCCGCCGUUUGGGGCCUGGGCAAUGCCAUCACAGGGCUGAUCGCUUGGCCUCUGCUUGUCAACUUCAGCUGCAAUGGUACAACGCCCGACACGUGUCCCAAGUCAGAGAACAUGGGAUGGCGCUAUCUCUACAUCACUCUUGGCGGUCUUUGCCUAUUGAUGGCCGUUGGAAGAGCUCUGGUACUCAGUGGAAGCGAGUCACCGAAAUGGCUGGCAUCAAGAGGGCGUAUUGAAGAAGCGGUCACUGUGCUCAACCACAUUAGCAACACCAAUGGGUCCGGGUACCAAGUCACAAUGGCACAAUUCAAUUUGCCCGGAGACGAAGCUCACCACAAGAACAUGUCACUGAGGCAGAGUUUGAGUCGCACAAAUCAGUUAUUCAAGGGCGCACAAAGAGUUCGUCUCAUGAUCUGCUUAAUGCUACUUUGGAUGUUGAUUGGAAUCUGUUACCCUCUUUUUACGAUAUUUCUCUCCUAUUACCUGCAAGCCCAUGGCGCACAAUUAGGAGAUGGUAGCGCAUACCAAACGUAUCGUGAUUGGGCGAUAACCUCAGUUGUUGGUAUAUUCGGUCCAAUCUUGAGCAUGAUCAUGGUCGCAGUGCCUUGGCUGCGGUCGCGACGAUCUAUCGCUAUAACGGCUUGUCUGUGUGCGGUCUUUUCCGGAGUUUUCACGAUCGUUGUGAAUGAAGCACAGAAUCUUGCGUUCUCAUGCUUGACGGGGUUUUGGUUAAAUGCGCUAUACUCUAUUAUCUAUUCAUAUACACCUCAAGCUCUGAGUACCGAGAAUCGUGGGUUUGGCAAUGGACUGCUGAUGGCAUGCGGUCGUUUGGCUUCCCUCACUGCUCCCUUUAUCGCGACAUUUGCGGAUGUUACCAGUCCUGUGCCAUUGUUUGUAUCAUGUGGGAUGUUUCGACCAGGAGAUUAG